AUGGACUGGACAGACUUAUACUACAGACAGCUUGCUCGCCUGAUAUCCCGGCACACCUGGCUGUACACGGAAAUGGUGGUUGACCAGACCAUCAUCCACACCCCAUUCAUCGAUAAGUUCCUGUGGUUCCCGCCCGAGCAGCACCCCAUCGUGUGCCAGCUGGGCGGCAGCGACCCCACACUGCUGGCCCGCGCCGCAGCCAUCGUAGAGCGGUAUGGCUAUGACGAAAUCAACCUCAACUGCGGCUGCCCGAGCGACCGUGUGGCGGGGGCGGGCUGCUUUGGCGCGGCCAUGAUGCUGCGGCCGCAGCUGGUGGCCGAUUGCUGCAAGGCGAUGCGGGAGGCCGUGCUUAUGCCGAUCACCGUGAAGUGCCGGCUGGGCGUGGACAGCUUUGACUCCUACCCACAGCUGGUCAAUUUUGUGGAGGUGGUGUCGAAGGGGUCGGGCGUCUCCCACUUUGUCAUCCAUGCCCGCAAGUGCUUGCUCAAGGGCCUGAACCCACACCAGAACCGCACAGUGCCGCCGCUGCGGUACGAGUGGGUGUGGGCGCUGAAGCGCGAUUUCCCGCACCUCGAAUUCUCGCUCAACGGCGGCGUGCUGACGCUGGAGGAGGUAGCAUCGGCCCUGGCCCUUGGCAUCAUGGGGGUGAUGGUGGGACGGGCUGCUUACAACAUGCCCUGGGAUGCUCUGGGCGAUGCCGACCGCGCCAUUUUUGGCGCCGAGGCCAACGCAGCCACCAGUCGGCGGCAAGUGCUGCAUGACUAUGCAGCCUGGGCCGACAGCAUGAUAGGGCACUGGCGGGUGGAAGAGGAUGGGCACAAGUCGCCGAAUGUGCGCAUGCUGGUGAAACCGCUGCUGGGCAUGUUUCACGGCGAGCCGCGGGCCAAGAAGUGGCGGGCAGCGGUGGAUGCAGCACUCAAGACAGCAGAGACCGUGGGUGAGGUUCUGGAUGCCACGCUGCCAGUGCUCAAGCCAGAGAGCCUGGAUGCGCCGCCACGGCCGCUGGGCGAGCCGCCGCAGCUGCUGGAGCAUUACGCGGCGGAGCUGCCCCCUACACCAGAGGGGCUGGCCAGCGGUGGUGACAUGCAGCAGGAGGCGGCAGAGCCCGCAACUGCCGUAGCAUAG